AUGCGAGUCUUCAGCCUCCUGGCUGCCCUAGCCACCGUGUCCCUGCUAUCGACUUCCGUCGAGGCGUGGGGCGCGGUUGGACAUUCCAUCGUAGCUACGAUAGCGCAGAGCAUGCUCCAUCCAGACGUCAGAUCUUACCUCUGCGAAAUCCUGCCAGAAUGGUCAGCGUAUCGAAGCGAGUGGCCACGAGAGGGUGCACCGCACAAACAGUGAGUACACUCUGCAGGGACGGAGAGCGAUGCAAGCGACUCAAUGGGCCCCCCUUCUGCUUGGCACCGCGCGCAGCUGUCACCUGGGAGCUGUGUCUUCUUGGGCAGACACGGUGCGCAACAGAUACCCCUGGGCUUCCAAGUUGCAUUAUGUCAACCCGCUCAACGACGCACCUCCAACGCAUUGCACCUAUGGCGAGGAUGGAGGAUGGACGAGCAGCGACAAUGUUUUGACAGCAGCUACAAACUACACACGAAGGCUAAACGAAUUGGUUCCGGGCACUGCAGAUCAUGCGGGUCUGACGGAAGAGGAAAGGAAGUGGGAGAGGGAUAUGGCUCUGCGGAUGGUGGUUCAUCUCUUGGGCGACAUGCACCAACCGCUUCAUUUGACGGGAAGAGCUCGAGGAGGUAACGACAUUUGGGUGCACUUUGAAGGUCGAGCUGCCAAGCUCCAUACGGUGUGGGACAGCUUGAUGCUCAAUCGUCAGAUUCGUGCCCUGUCCAAUCAUACCUCGCCCCUCCGAUCCGCGCGCAUCGAGUCAGCCCUCCAACACAGACCGUACGACGCGUACAUACGCUGGAUCUUGCAGGAAGGUCUCGGACAGACGCUCGAGGGAGGCAAGCAGGCCUGGUGGGAAGACGCGGAAGAAUGGUCUAAGUGCCCCACUUCUGCAAGUCGAUCGAGUAGAGCAGAGCACAUACCGGGUCAAGGUGCGGCGCAUACAUGGCUCUCCCCGGACACCCUCCUACCUCACACCACGAAAGCAUUCAAGAAUGUGGCCGGACUGUUGCCCCUGCCCGCCAGCAUAGCUGCGCAAGCAAGGGCUUCGCAGUCCUUGGCCCCCAAAGACGACCCUGACGACUCUAGCCAGCCCUUGUGCCCAUAUUCUUGGACCAAACCUCUUCAUCCUCUGGUUUGCAAGUAUGGCUUCGCCAGCCCAGUGCCUAUCCCAGGCAGCGAGGAGCGCCCAGAGCUCGAUGGUGAUGACUAUGCUGGCAAGGUGGACAGGUGAGCAUCGCCCUAUUCGUCUCUGCGCCGCCUCCGCUCCUUGUUGCUGACUGCACCUCCUUCGCACGCAGAGACCUCGUGCUGCAGCGCCAAUUUGCAAUGGCAGGAACGCGGCUUGCCGCUGUGCUCAAUACGGUUCUUCUGCCUGAAGCGCAGGCCGCCAAAGCAUCAACCGUCCUCGCUCCCAGCAGCUUCACGCAAUUGCCCUUGUCCGCAUUUCAAAUCGACCAGGUGCCUUUCGUUGACGUCGCGAGCCGGCAUGACGGCGAUGGUUCUGGAGGCUCAGGCGGUGCCUUGUGGCCGCUCAUCAAGGUCACAGCCUCUAGCAUCAUCGAAGUGGCGCUUCUCAGCGUCGUAGGAUACUUCUUGGCUCGAAGAGGGGUCAUCGACAAGACGACGCAGACGAAAUUGAACAAGAUCAACGUGUCUUUCUUUACGCCCGCUCUGCUUUUUAGCAAGGUGGCAUUCACGCUCAACCCUGGACGACUUGCCGAGCUGGCAAUCGUGCCCAUAGGCUUUGUCGUCGUGAGCGCCUUUAGCGCUAUUGUGGCGUACGUCUUGGCCAGGAUAGCCCGCAUUACGCGCGCACAGAGGAACUUUGCCAUCGCUUGCGCGAUGAGUCCCAACUCCAACAGUCUUCCGGUAGCCUUGAUGCAAAGUCUUGUGAUGACUGUGCCACAGCUGCACUGGGAGGAAGAGGGGGAACCAGAAGAUACUGUAGACGGUAUGCUCGGCAGAGCUCUCACGUAUCUCGUGCUGUUCUCGACUCUGGGCAUGCUCACCAGGUGGAGCAUUGGUGCCAAGCUGCUUGCAACUGUGGAUGAAGAGCCCACGAAAGACGCGAUGGCCGGACCAAAUGGAGCGCAAUACGCCGACUAUCCCGAGCCUACUUCAUCUGCCAGAACGGCAACGCUGGUCGAUGUGGAUGACAGUGCCGUCGAGCCAAGGCGACCUCCGUCCAUCAAGAUCCGCAGAGCUACCGGCGACAUCCGAGCCGAUGCAGAAGGCGAUGAGGAUCUUGGCGGUCCGGCGUUGACCGAGCGGCGACCUUCCCGAUCGCGCCCUGUGCACUGGACGCGCAGCUUCCCAAACACGCCCACUGCGCCUUCCUCCGAGCGUGGGUCUGAUGACGAGAGCGAUGGAGAGGAAGCCUCUCAGCACUCUGAUGCCACGCGUCGUCCAGCGUGGGCGAGGACUGCCAGCAGCCGUUCCGCGCACAAACGCAAAUCCUUUGCGCAUCGCUACGUGCUCAAGCCCUAUCGAGCUUUCAUGGGUUUCAUGACGAUGCCGCUCUGGGCCGCCGUCAUCAGUCUCAUCGUGGCCAUGGUCCGUCCCUUGCAAGUUGCGAUUGGCAGCAUCGAACCGCUGGUUGGAGCUCUGCAAACCGCUGGCUCUGUCAGCGUUCCACUGACCAUGGUCGUCUUGGGAGCCUACUUUGUGCCACCUGAGCCCGAGAAGAAGGCGGAAGCGCCAGCUGCUCAGACUUCUUCCAGAUCCGCUCCGGAUGCCGCUCAGUCGGGCGAAGGUCUGAGCCAAGCUUCGACGCUUGUUGGUCAUCCAAAUCCGGAAAAUGACCCUGCUGGCGAUGGUACCCAAGCCGACCAGAAAAAGGGCGCAUCUUCGACCAGAAAAUUGCCGUGGAUGCGGAACCCUUGGGGCUCGCAGUCACAGUUGCUGGAGGAGGGUCAGGACGUGGAGGCUGGAGUCCGGAGAGACUCUGUCGGCUGGAGCAGCGCGGCUAGCGAAGCGAGCACGGCCUCGGUCGGAGAGGCUAUUCGUCCGGGCUCCGAAGCCGCUUCGAACGCAAGAAGCAACGCAGCUGGACCUGCUGGGUCAGCGCUGCGUCAACAGAGCGGCGGCGCUUCUCGAAUAGGCGCGCGCGAAGCGGCAGAGCGUCGAGAAGCGUCUCAGGAGAGGCGCACCAUUGCCGUAUCGCUCUUGGCUAGGAUGGUCAUCACUCCGCUAGUGGUCAUCCCCAUCUUUGCCUACUACUGCAUCGCCACGAGGGAAAAUGUGGCGGAUGAUCCGGUGCUCAUUGUUUGUGCCCUGUUGCUCAUUGGAAGUCCACCAGCUCUCACACUGGCACAAAUCACCCAGAGCUCAAAGAAUGGAGGUUUCGAAAGGCUUAUCAGCAAGACCAUCUUUGUGGCGUACGUCAUCCUUAGCGCUCCCACCACCGUCAUCCUCACCGUCAUUGCGCUCAGGAUUGCCGAAAACGAUCACGGCUCGGGCAGAACUGGCGGCAGCUGA